GGACCGUCCGGGAAAAGGAGCGAAGCUUUCGUCAAUGGCUGCUCCUCUCUGUCUAUGCGCUUAUCCUCUCUCAACGCGCACUCCUUCCCGUCUCAGAACGAGCAGCAAACCACGCGCCAGGGUCGAUGGAGUCGGAGCACCGAAAAUGGCGGUCCAGUACGAGCUGAGGCCGGGGCAGAAUCGUCUCCUCCACGAGCUCUCCUCCGGUCUGUCCAUGGAGGUCAUCGUGCAAGAAAGCGCUAACAAGAGCGGUGGAGACCUCAAUCCACCGCUAGUGUUCGUGCACGGAAGCUACCACGCCGCUUGGUGCUGGGCCGAGCACUGGUUGCCUUUCUUCUCCAGCCGAGGGUUCGACUGCUUCGCCGUCAGCUUGCUCGGUCAGGGCGAAAGUGAUGCGCCUUCCGCUCCUGUUGCUGGUUCCCUCCAGACACACGCAGCUGAUGUUGCCGACUUCAUUGACAAAAAACUUAACUUGCCUCCUGUUCUGCUUGGACAUUCAUUCGGAGGGCUUAUUGUCCAGUACUACAUCGCAAACAUAAGAAAUAAGCAAUGUACAGGGAGGGAUAGUUUGUUUCCAGACCUCGAAGGAGCUGUGCUUGUUUGCUCCGUACCUCCUUCUGGUAAUAGUGGCAUUGUGUGGCGAUAUCUCUUUACCAAACCUAUAGCAGCUUAUAAGGUCACUCGCAGUUUGGCUGCUAAAGGUUUUCAAACUUCUCUUCCCCUUUGUAAGGAAACAUUCUUUUCUGCUGCAAUGGAGGAUCAUCUGGUGCAGCGUUACCAGGAACUAAUGAAGGGUAGUUCAAGGAUGCCGUUAUUUGAUCUAAGGCAGCUGAAUGCUUCUCUUCCAGUUCCCUCUGUGCCAAAAUCUUCGAUUCAACUUCUCGUAGUGGGAGCGAGUGAUGAUUUCAUAGUGGAUGCUCAAGGGAUACGAGAAACAGGCGAAUACUAUGAUGUACCACCAAUUUGUGUUGAAGGGGUGGCUCAUGACAUGAUGCUAGAUUGCUGGUGGGAGAAAGGUGCGGACGUUAUCUUGUCAUGGCUGAAGGGAUUAAGAAAGGACCAGAGAUGAAUGGUGUUUCUUUUCGGCAUGGUCUCCAUUUGGUCUACAGUGCAGACUGGGUUUGAUAUUGCUUCCUCAAACAGAUGACCCAAUUCAGUUGUAAUUGCAAGAAAAGUGCGGAGCAACAUGUUUGCUGGUCCAUCGUUUGGUUUGGUUUGGUUUUUGCUAUAUGCUGCAGGAGCUAUUUGUGAUUGAGCAACCUCGGCUGUGUAUCAAAUUUGGAGAGAUUUUAUGAUCUCGUUACUCAUUUGUGA